UUCUCCAAUCACCACCGCUCUCGCGCACCUCUGACGAUGGGAGACCAGCCUGGAGAAACCCCUCCUGACGCUCGGCGCAAUUUCGCCUCCGAAGCUCUUCGUGGCUGCGUACCCGUCGAGUUUCCUGGAGACAGCUACUUCACUCAUCCAAACUCCUUCACUGAUUCUGUCGCAUCCGUCACCGUCGACAACGACUUGUAUACCCAGCUACUCGACUUUAGCAACCAAGUCUCUGCUUCCCUGUAUGAAAUCCUGCUUGUUGCCGUCCGUGUUCUGCAUCUGCGCUAUUCCGGCGUAGUCCGUGCCGCCAUCGGUACCGGUUCUUGUUGCUUGCAGUCCGCGUUACAUCGAGCUGAACACGAUUUCAGGUGUCGACGCAUGUGGGAAGCCAGAGGAGCCUCUAGCUAUCUGCCUGCAAGUCGAAGACGGGGACACAUUUGUGGAGGUUGUCCGAGCCACUCAUAAGCUUGUGUCGUCCUUAGAGCGCCACACGCUUCCGUUCAGGACUGUUCUGCCGCAGCUCGUUACCAACAAGAGCAGCCUUCGCGAUGUUGUUCUCCCCGUGCUCGUGCACCUCGGCGAUGCCCCCAUCGAUAGCACAGCAGACGGCUUAUUUGCCAUGGUAUGGAACGCCCGUCCCUCCGCGGACCAUCUGCGUGUGAACGUGAGCUUUGACCCGACUCGCUUCGGGCCGGACACCAUCCACACCUUCCUCGAUAACCUUCUCGACGUGCUCACGGCUAUCGCUACCGACCCCGAUCGCACAGUCGAUGACGUCCAGUUCUCCCAUCCGCUCGAGCAGCUCGUCGCAGCAAACAUUCCAGUCCAUCCUGCGCCAGUCCCCCUACAGCCUCGUCCCACGCUCACCCAAGCUUUCUCAGAAGCCGUUGCUGCCCACCAUGACCUCCCAGCGCUCAUCGACGGAGACCUCACCUUGACUUACCGCGAAGUCGAUAUCCUCGCUUCUAUUCUCUCUCAGCGGAUCUUGGAGGCCACGAAACAUCAAGAAAUAUAUGCCUUCGCGUCCUUCUGCAUCCCCUCGGGAGCCAUCGCCAUCUUGACCAUCCUUGCUAUCGUGAAGAGCGGCGCUGCAUAUGUUCCUCUCGACGUACGCUUCCCUGAGGAACGCCUUGAGUCGCUGGUUGAAGAUUCUGGUGCAUCUCUUGUCAUAACCACCUGGGAUUCGCCUUCGUUUAACUUCGAUCGUGAGCGCGUCGCACAUCUUGACGUUACCAGCUUCCUCGAUGAACGAAAGUCGCUCCUUGCUGCGUCUGCCCACAAGGAGCGCGACGGAUCUCUCUCGCCCGCCUCGCCCGCGGAGUCUUCAGAAGACGUCGCCUACGUACUCUACACCAGCGGCAGCACUGGCAAGCCCAAGGGCGUGCUCAUCAAACAGUCCUCCGUCGUCGCCUUCGCCACCAACACCGACAUCUUCAAGUGGGGCCCGGGACAACGCGUCGCGCAGGUCAACAAUAUCGCCUGGGACGCGAGCGUCAUCGACGUGUGGGCCUCGUUCCUGCUCGGCGCGACGCUCGUGUGCUUCGACCGCUUCGACGUGCUCGACCCGCCCGCGCUCGCGCGGCGCUUUCGUGCGGCGCACAUCGACGGCUGCCUCGUGCCCACCCCGCUCUUCCGCCAGUUCGCGGCCACAUGCCCGGACGUCUUCCGCGGGCUCACGCAGAUCUUGACCGGCGGCGAGGCGCUCGACUACGCGACGCUUCGCCAGGCGCGCACGGCAGCCCCGCACGUCGCGUUCACGAACGCGUACGGUCCGACCGAGGCGUGCGUCAUGGCGUCGACUUUCGAUGUUCUGCCCGGCGACGACGACGUGCCGGUCGCGGGGCCCAUGCCCAUCGGCCGUCCCCUCAAGACAUGUCAGGCGCUCGUCAUUGAUCGCUAUGGGCGUCUCGUGCCGCCGGGCGUCAUCGGCGAGCUGGUCGUCGGCGGCGAGGGCGUCGCCAAGGGUUACCUCAACCGUCCCGCCGAGACUGCGGGCGCGUUCGUCGAGCUGCGCAUCGAUGGUCUGUCCGGGAACACGAGAUUCUAUCGCACGGGCGAUGCCGUGCGCUGGUGCGACGGACAGCUGCAGUUCAUGGGCAGGAUGAAUGCCGGGCAGAUCAAGAUACGUGGGCAGAGGCUGGAGCUGGGCGAAAUCGAGGCCACCAUUCUCCGCACUGAGCUCGUUACCGCUGCCGGCGUCAGCUACCACAAACCGGCCAAUGGCAACAACCCUAACCUUAUCGCAUAUGUUGUUUUCGACGAUGAGAAGAAACCCGAGGAUCAAGUCAGAGAUCACGAUACGGCGGCUGCAGCGUCGAAUGAUGCUUCUGAGAUUGUGGAAGUAUGGAGGGAAGCGUAUGACGACAUGUAUGCCGCAUACGAUCUAGCAAAGGCACGCGCAGACUUCUCAGGAUGGGACAGUCUGGUCACGAAAGAACCCAUUCCGAAGCUUGAGAUGACUGCGUGGCUCCACGAUACCCUUCGACCGUUCUAUCAGCAGCGCCCGCGAACCGCCUUCGAGAUCGGCUGCGGUAUCGGCAUCUUCGUCCACCAGAUCCUUCCCUCUGUCGACCGCAUGUGGGCCAUUGAGCCCUCGGCAGAGGCAGCCAAGCGCCUGGAGGAUGAGCUGAAGGGACUCGGAUUGGGCGACAAGGCAUCGAUCUGGCAUGCUGCCGCCGACGAGAUCUCCAAACUCCCUGCAUUUGACGCGGACUUUGCGUUCAUGAACUCUGUCGUUCAGUACUUCCCGUCGGAAGCCUACCUGCAUCAGGCCAUCAUCGACAUCGUCGGCAAGUGUGCCUCUGGGGCUCGUGUUCUCAUCGGAGACGUGUGCAGCCUUCCCUUCGACAGCCUGCUGAACAUUGACAUUGCCGUUUACCGCUGGCGGCAUGAGCUCGGGUCGCGGACGCUCCAAGAUCUUCGUGACGAGAUCCUCAACCACGCGAAGUAUCGGUCGGAGCUAGCAGUCGACCCUUCCUUCUUCACGAACCUUCGUCGUACCAUCCCCGCCAUAGCGCAUGUCGAGAUUGUGCCGAAAGCAAUCGAGUAUUGCAACGAGCUCAGCCAGUUCCGUUACCAAGUCAUCCUCCACGUCAACCAGGAGCUGUCCCUGAUCGUCCCUCCUGCCUGGCACGACUACGGAGCGCUGCGGUGGAAGGACUCGGAUCUCGAGAAUGCCCUGCAGGACUUCGUCGCCGGCGGCGAGAACAUUCUGGCUGUAGAACACAUCCCGAAUCGCUUCCUGUCUUGGGAGCUCGCAGCGGCGACGGUCGUCUUCUCGUCUUCGCCAGACCGCUUCUCCAAUCUUGCCUCGGUGCUUCCUCCGAACAUGGGAGCUGCAGCCGCGCGGGGCUGGUCUGCGUGGGACCUGGAGCGUCUCGCUGAGCAGUACGGGGUGACAGUCAGCCUGAGCGUCGCCCGCCAGAGGGAGACGACGACUCUCGACGCGGUCUUCAUCAAGGGUUCCCCUGACGCCGGUACCCGCGUUGCGUUCAAGACCGUCGACGAUGACGACGCGUCCGUCCCUCCGUUCGCCGCUUCCAAGCUGCAGGAGCUGAUUUUCAGAAUGCAGCUGGAGGAAGAUGUUCUGCAACGGCUGAGGGUGAUGCUGCCGUCCUACAUGGUCCCUGACCAGGUCUUCUCAGUCCGCGCCCUUCCACUCCAGCCCAGCGGCAAGCUCGAUCGGCGACAACUGGCGGCGAUGGCAGAGAAGGAUACCAGCUGGGGUGUCCGCAGAGCUACCGGGAGCGCACAAGACGUCGCGCCUGCGGACGAGAUGGAAGCUCGACUGUGCAAGAUCUUCGGCGACCUCCUGUCACUUCAAGUGGUUUCACCUCUCGCGAGCUUCUUCAACAUCGGAGGGCACUCGUUGCUGGCGACACGACUCAAGUCCGCGCUCGAAUCGGAGUUCCAAGUCACCGUCCUGCUGAAGACGAUCUUCGCCUACCCCAGUCCUAGGGGACUUGCGGCCAGUAUCCGAGAACUCGUCGCAUCCGGCUCGUCGCACAAGCCCGCCAUGCGAAUUGCGGCGCCAUCUGACGGAACAUACUAUCCCCUAUCAUUUGCCCAAGAUCGGCUCUGGUUCCUCGCGCAGCUGGCGUAUUUUGGCUCGCAGGAUAUCUGCUACAAUAGUCCUUACACCCUCAAGUUGGAAGGUCGUCUGGACGUCGACGCUCUCGAGCGUACCAUUCAAGCGAUCGUCUCUCGUCACGAAGUCCUUCGCACCAUCUUCGUCGAGGUUGAUUAUGCGCCAGCUACUCACGUGGUCGAUUUCUGUCCCCGCCUCGAGAUCGUGCCCCUGGCCUCAGAUACCGACGAGGAGACCGUCAGCGCACUAACAAGGGAACAUGCCAGACGCCCGUUCUCACUCGACAUCGAACCCUCGUUCCGCGCAACUUUGUUCAAGCUCUCUCACCAGUGCUCCUACCUGCUUCUAUGCAUGCAUCACAUUGUGAUCGACGGUUUCUCCCUUGAUGUUCUUCAUCAUGAGCUGUCCGACAUCUACGCCGCCUUCUCUGCCGGCAAUGACCAUGCUCUUUCCCCGCUGCGGAUUCAGUACAAGGAAUUCGCACAAUGGCAGCGGUCGGAAGAUUUCGAGCGCCUGCUGGACCCUCAGAUCGAGUACUGGACGAAGCAGCUCAGAGGCACUCAGCCUGCGGAGUUGCCAACGGACUUCCCACGACCUCAGCACCUUAGCCAUGAGGGGAAGACGCACUACGCUCACUUCCCCGCAGAACUACACAUCGGGCUGGAACGAAUCUGCAAGCAGGAGCGUGUGACGAUGUUCAUGCUCCUCUCGGCUGCCUUCCGCAUCGUCCAAUUCCAGCUCACCGGCCAAACCGACGCCUCCUUCGCUUUCCCGAUAGCUAAUCGCAAUCGUCUCGAGACCGAGAGGCUCAUCGGGUUCUUCGUCAACACGCAGAUCCUCCGGCUGAAAGUCCGUCCCGGUAUGACGUUCCUGGAGCUCCUCCAUCAAGCGCGCGACCUCUCCUUGGCCGCGUUCGAAUAUCAGGACAUGCCGUUCGAGCGGAUCGUCUCGAUCCUCAACCCGACUCGUGACCUCAGUCGCAACCCGCUGGCGCACAUCGUGGUCGUGUACCAGACCGUGAAGACUGCUCCAUUCUCCGUAGGAGACAUCAAUGCUUCCGUUGCGCGGGUCGAUAUGGAGCUGACGAGGUUCGACAUGGAAAUCCACUUCUUCCCCAGGGACGACAUCCUGCACGUCGAGAUUGUGUACAGCACCGAUUUGUUCAAGAAAGAGACCAUCGUCGACCUGAUGGAUCGGAUACAGGAAGUUCUAUAUCAAGUCGUCGACGACGUGCACUUCUCUAUUGACUCAUCGCAAUCUUCGAGGCUUCGUCAAGCUACCCCAUCUGACGUGACAGCGUAUCUGCGCGACUAUGUUCCCUGCGAAUUCCCUCUCGACUUGCCCAGAUGUCCGGACAGUGCGUCCCUGCGGCGCGAUACGUACUCUUUCGUCCUGCCGCCAACCGUCUGCGACGCACUUCGGGCCUCAUCAAUGGGCGAGAAGGAACUCCUCGCACUGUACCUCACCGCUCUCUCUAUGCUCAACCACCGAUACACUCGCCAAGAAGACAUCACGAUUGGGCUUGUGACGGACGAGUCGGUGGAUAUCGUCCCCGCUCGCCUUACCGUUCACCGCGAUGCCAUACUCUCGGCUCUUCUCGACGAUGCGCAGGCCUCGGUGAAGAGAGCGUCCAGAUUUUCAGCAGUAUCCAUCAAGGAUGUAUCCGCCGCUAUGCAGAGACAGCAGAAGUCGUCGCCGUCGUCUGUCGUUCGUGUCGCGCUUUCCCAAGGCUCAAAUAGCGCUGAUAUGCCAUUGUCAAGGGAGCUAGGCUUAUUGAUCGACCUCGAGCUCCGCUACGGCGAUCUCAACGAGCCUGGCUGCCAGCUUAUCUACGACCAGUCCCUCUUCCGACCUGACACCAUCGAAGCACUCUGCGACAAUCUCGUGGACGUUCUCGAGAGUCUCCUGCUCCGUCCUGACCUGGUCGUCGAGGAGAUUCCGUUCCAGCACUCGGCAAAACACCUGAAACGAUUUGGUGUCCCACUUGCCCCGCCUCCGCCUCCACCGUCAUCUUCCCUCGUUGACGCUCUCAAGAAGUCUGUGGAUGCGCACCCCGACUUGCUUGCCCUACAGGACAGAGAAGUUCUGCUGUCGUACAGGCAGCUGAACACCGCCUCGUCCUUGCUCGCACAGAAGAUCGUGCAGGCUUCAGGAGACGCGUGCGAAUUUGUAGCAGUGUGUGUCCCCCCGUCAGCGCUCGCUGUCAUAUCCAUCCUGGGCAUCGUCAAGGCUGGAGCCGCAUACGUUCCCUUGGACGUUCGCUACCCUCCUGAACGACUCGAGAUGCUCUUGCGUGAGAGCGGUGCGCGACUGCUGAUCACGACCUCAGACUCGCCAGAGUUCGCCAACAACGCCGAAGGUGUCAUUCGUCUCGAUGUCUCCGACUUCCUCACCGACAUCGAUCUCACCUCUCCCGUCGACUUCGUCUGCACUCCUCGCACGGAUGCCGCUUACGUCAUGUACACGUCCGGCAGCACUGGUGUGCCGAAGGGGGUGGUCGUCAUGCAAUCCUCGGUGAUUGCACUCGUCUCGGACACGAGCGUUUUCCCGUUCCAGCCUGGUGACAAGAUCGGAAUGAUCAACAACCUUGCGUGGGACGCCAGCAUCAUCGACAUAUGGUGCACUCUCCUUGCGGGCGCCACCAUCAUCUGCUUCAACCGGUACGACGUCCUCGACCUGGUCGCUUUGGCUGAGCAGUUCCAGCUUUGGGGCAUCACGGGCUGCUUCAUGUCUGUUGCGCUCUUCCGCCAAGCCCUCGAUCUUGCACCCCAGCUUUUCAGCAGUCUUCGCCUUUUCCAAGUCGGCGGAGAAGCUUUCUAUUACGAGGAUUUACAGAGGGUGAAAUCAAUUAAUCCGUCGAUCCGCCUCUUUAGCGCUUAUGGCACAACGGAGACCUGCGUUUUCGCUACCGGGUUCUGGAUUGAUGUUCCCAACAUGCCCGUGUCUGGAUCGGUGCCCGUCGGCGGACCGAUGUCCACUGUUCAGGUCCUCGUCGUCGACACAAACGGCCGCCUGGUGCCACCGGGCGUGAUUGGUGAACUGAUCAUUGGCGGUGCUGGCGUCGGUCCAGGGUACCUGAAGAGGCCCAAAGAGACUGCCGAGGCCUUCGUCGAGUUCGGAUUCGACGAGCUCAACCAAGGUGUUACUCGGUAUUACCGUACGGGAGAUGCUGUGAGAUGGGGCCCAGGCGGACAGCUACAUUUCGCUGGGAGGAUGAACGCUGGACAAAUCAAGAUCCGCGGGCAGCGUCUGGAGCUCUCAGAGAUCGAGGCAGCCAUUCUCCGAUCCGGCUUGGCCAACGAUGCUGCGGUCGUUCAUCUCAAAUCCAGUAAGGACAAGAGCGAUUUGCUUGCCGCAUAUGCUGUCGCUACCGUGCCAGUAUCUCCCACGGAGUCCCUCGCUCUCUCAUCACGGCUGCUCGAGACGCUGCGCGAAGUCCUUCCAUCGUUCAUGAUCCCCCACCUCGUGUGCUGGAUCCCGGCUCUUCCUCUCUCGCCUAACGGGAAAGUGGACCGCCCCCAGCUCCGAGCCCGCGCCGCUGUUGAUGCCGACAGCAUGCUCAACAAUAUCAAAGAAGAGGAAGAUGCUUCUGACGAGCCUGAGGAUGAGGUCGAGGAACAGCUCUGUACGAUUAUGGAAGCUCUUCUCCAUCGUGCAUCAAUCCGCCGGUCAUCGAACUUCUUCGACGCGGGUGGUCAUUCACUCCUUGCCUCCCGUUUGGCGUUCCGAAUUCGAGAAGCUUUCGAUGUUUCGUUCGCUCUGACGGAUGUGUUCAGCAUGCCCACGCCCCGGGAAAUGGCAGAGAAGAUCAGGAAACUGAUCUCUGAGAAACCAUCUUCUCAGUCGCCGACAACGACAACGAUGACUACCCCAGCGUCCGACGAGUUCGAGAUACCCCCGGUGCUCGCCUUUUCCGAGGAGCCUCAUAGGCCGUUCUUGUUCUGUAUUCCCAUGGUCACCGGUCUCAGCUUCACAUUCUCUGCCCUUUCGCGCUCCACCGACCUGUUCAACGUCGUCGCUCUCAACGACCCUGGAUAUCUCGCACUCGAAGACUUCCCCAAGGGUCAGCCAUCAACAGGCCACGCCAAGGACCUUCGUGCUUCUGCUAUGCACACCGUCGAAGAUCAGGCCAAGUACUACUACGCGCGGAUCGUCGAGGAGCUGAGCCGUGUCGGCAGCGCCAAGCCCGGCAGCGCGCCGUUCAACAUCCUGGGCUACUCUUACGGCGGGCAUGUCGCGUUCGAAGUGGCCUGCCUCGCGCAGAGUGCCGGCUGGGCCGUCAACCUCUUCGUGGUCGACACGUGGGUGCACCCCGCGCGCAAGAUCGAGCAGACGCAGGAGAAAGUGGACGAGGUCUCGCUCAUUAUCCUCCCGACUGUGAUGAGCGCCAUCGGGCUGCCGUUUGGCGAUAUGGGCGAGCAAGGCGUGCGCCUGAAGCAGGACAUCGAGGCCCGCACCCUGGCCAACUUCCGUGCGCUCUACGCGCAUGCAAUGCCACGGUUCGAGGGGCACGUCACGCUGUUCCGCGCGGAGUCGAAUGAGGACCACGGCUUCCUCCCGUUGGUUAGUUCAUUGGACGAGGUCGUACUGCGCGGAGACCACUUCCGCCUGCUCGAAGAAGAAUCUGGGAAUUUGUCUCUGAUCAGCGCCAAGGUUUCCAUAGUUGUCAACGCAUAGUUCUUGUCGGUUUUUGUACAUUUUAGCUGUACUAUAUCCUUAGCUGUUUGAUAUAACAUCGAGUUCAUCCC